CGUAAAGUUCACCUGUGACUGCCGCGGCUGCUGCUGCCGCCACCUCCACCACUGCUGUCACCACCUGGCUCUUCCCCAGCAAACCAAAGGCCACCGGGAGAGGCACCGGAGAGGCUCCAGGGAGCGUCUUGGCCCUCUGAGCCCAGGGAGAGAGAAAGACCAUCCAACACCUGAGAGCCUUUGAUGUUCCCCCAGCUCUUCUUCUUCCAGCGCUUGUCUUUCUAGAGAGAUUCCACGAGGGAGGAAAGGACGGAAGCCCCGUAGAUCGCUUUGGGAUUGCUUGCUUCCCGACAUUGCUCCAUAUAACCAUCAGAAAUAUGAACACGAAGCUCUUGAAGAUCGGGAUCCUGGCGGCGCUGCUCUCGGCUGUCGCAAUUGGCGUUGGGCUGUUCUUUGGGCUGCGCCCACAGCCACAAAAUCACCUCUAUGCAAAGGCAGCAGUGGCUACGGAUGCAGGCCCCUGUUCGGUCAUUGGGAGGGACAUCCUUCAGAAAGGGGGAUCCGCUGUGGAUGCUGCCAUUGCCAGUCUCCUGUGUAUGGGCCUGAUGAACCCCCACAGCAUGGGCAUUGGAGGAGGCCUUUUCUUCACCAUCCUCUCAGCAGAGGGGAAAGUGGAAAUCAUUAACGCCAGGGAGACAGCGCCCAAGAAUGCAUCCCGAGACAUGUUUGGCAACAACACCGCUCUGUCCCAGAAAGGUGGAUUGUCCAUUGCAGUUCCAGGAGAAAUCCGUGGCUAUGAAAUGGCCCACCGACGGCAUGGCAAACUGCCUUGGAAGGAGCUGUUUCAGCCCAGCAUCCAGCUAGCCAGAGAAGGAUUCUCUGUUGGCAAAGGCCUGGCCAAAGCCCUGGAGUCCAGGAGCAGUGAAAUUGAAAGCAUCCCAUCCUUGUGCGAGGUCUUCUGCAAAAGCGGGAAGGUGCUGCAGGAGAAGCAACUCCUCCACCUGCCCAAACUGGCCAGCACCUACGAGACCAUCGCCAACCAAGGUGCAGACGCCUUCUACACUGGCAGCCUGGCGCAGCAGAUGGUGGCUGAGGUCCAAAAUGCAGGAGGGAUCCUUACCCUGGAGGACCUGAGGGAUUACCGACCAACCCUGGAAGAACAUCCUUUAAAAGUGCAACUUGGCCAGUUCAGCAUGUAUGUGCCCAACGCACCUUUAAGCGGUCCUGUGCUGGCCCUGAUCCUCAACAUCCUGAAAGGCUUCCGGUUCUCUAAGAGUAGCACCGGGACUCCGGAAGAGAAGGGCUGGAUGUACCACUGCAUCUUGGAGGCUUUCCGUUUCGCCUACGCCAAGAGGAGCUUGCUCGGGGACCCUGCGUUUGUCAACCUGACGGAGGUGAUCAGAAACCUGACCUCAGAAUCCUUGGCCGACAGCUUGCGGGGCAAAAUCACCGACACGACCCAUAACAUCAGCUAUUAUGAACCAGAUUACUACACUCCGGAAGACGCUGGGACAUCCCACGUCUCCGUCGUGGCUGAGGAUGGCAGUGCGGUGUCGGCCACCAGCACCAUCAACCACUACUUCGGCUCCGACCUCCGUUCCCCUGUGACUGGCAUCAUCUUCAACGACGAGAUGGACGACUUCAGCUCCCCCCACAUAUUGAAUGGGUUUGGGGUGCCCCCCUCGGUGGCCAACUUCAUUGCCCCAGGUAAACAACCUUUCUCAUCCAUGUGUCCGACUAUCCUGGUGGAUGAGAAGAACAAAGUCAGGAUGGUGGUCGGUGCUUCUGGAGGGACAAAAAUCACAACAGCAACAGCCUUGACCAUCAUCAAUGCCUUGUGGCUUGGCUAUGAUGUGAAGGCUGCUGUGGAAGAGCCACGAGUUCAUAACCAGUUGCUCCCCCCGGUUACACUUCUGGAGAAGGAUAUAAAAAAGGAAAUCGAAGAAGACCUGGUGAAAAGGAAACACGAGGUCAAGAGGACCAACGAGGGUGCUGUGGUGCAGGCCAUUCUCUGGACUGAAAAUGGUUGGGCUGCAGCCUCCGAUUCCCGGAAGGGGGGCUUUCCAGCGGGAUACUGAGCUGGCCAGCUACCCGUUGCUCAGAAGGUCUGAGCUUGAUUGACUCACCUCUUUCGACAGAUCUCUGGUGCCAGUGAUUCUGUGUGUCACCAAUGUGGGGUGUGGGGUAGAUUUAUAAUGUACAUAGAUAAGGAGAUGACCAUGGGACAAUUGGGCACUGCUUCACUGACAAACACUAUUGAUGUAGAGAUAUGGGGGUGGGUGGUGGGUGGGAUCCAGCUCUUGGCACCAGCUUGGCCUGGGCAUUCCUUAAGGAUUCACAGAAUGCUGCCGUUCGUUCUUUCCUUGGUGGAUCCCCUGCUGAAUGCAGGAAUUGCUAUCAAGGCCUCCUGGAGAAAGCCAGACAACUCAAAGUGGGUGGCUUCUGUGUCUCUGCCAGCAGAAAAGGCAUCCUGGUGGCUUCCACUGGCCUCUCCCAGAUGGGUCGGCAGGUGGUGCUCUACAGAAACGGAUGGCCUCCUCGUGGGCUGUCAGCAAACACACGGGUGUUUUGUCCGGGUGCAAGGAAACCUGGUCACUUUCUGACCCAGCUUCAGAAGACAAGCGGAGGAAUGUGAGAAGACUUGGGCCUUGGGAGCCAGAGAGAGAUCUCUCCCCCUUUUACCAGCCAUUCCCCCACCCCAGCUACUGUUCGGGCUGAUCCACCCUCCCACAAGCCAGAGUGGCCUGGAAGGCAGCUCCCACGGAGCUGGGGGGGCAGGGGGGGCUGCACUCUAAAGAGCCAGGCUAUUCCCAGUGCAAGGCAUCGCCCACUCCCAGGAGAAGCCGAAGGGUUGGUGGGAUACCAACCAAGAUGGAGCCAGGGUCAAAAAGAAAAUGACUUCAAAAUAGCUAAAUACAGCGAGGCUGUUUGUAAUAUUUUCAUUCCUUUCUCAAGUCUCGUGCCCAGAUAUCAUAACCAAAUGAUUACUUCCCGUCAUUGAGAAAACUGUACUGUUCAUUCAGCCUAAAACUGCAUGUCUUUUAUUUGCAGUCCAGUCAGGCUUGUUCAGGUUCUAGUCAAGCUUCAACAUCUUUUUGGCAAGUCUGUGGCCAACUAGGCAUUUCCCCAUCCUAUGCUAGGUAUUUGAUGGAUCAUUUUUUAAGUAAGGAGCUUCGUUUCUUUCAAAAAGUUUUUGUGCAUCCUUAUCACUCUUCCUGCCACUGCUUCGCCAUUAGUCAGAUAAACUGGGAGGUCCAGUUGGGAAAAUCACUUGACCUGUCACUUAACAAUGCCUCUCUCCCGUGUGAUGAAUGAUACGGUGUGUCAGUCUUGCCCCAGCUAGGUCUCAGGGAAAGAAAGACUAUCGACUCCAUUUGGUCGAAGUGAUAGGUUCUUUUACUAAGCUCUUUUACUAAGGAUGGCAGAGUUGACCCUGUGAUUUGUUUUUCACAUCGCGUAGCUCAUAUUUAAUUCUCCUCCUCCUCCUCAAAAAUGAGGUGAGGUUAAUUCAGAAUUUUCUUCAGAAGAAAGCUUGCGGAAGAUAAUCCAAAUCCGUGGAAUUUGGCUUGGUCAAUAAAACAAGGGAAGUUUCUUCAGUUACGUGGAAGAGGCCA